GGGGAGAGGGCUUUUACUCAGGCUGCUGCAGUUUGUGUGUGUACGAUAUUAGCGCGUCAGAAGAAGCUCAGCGAGAUUAAAAAAGUAAAAUAAAAAAAGACUAAAGAAAGAACGCUCAGCUUCUGACCCGCAGCUGAACUGACAGUGCAACUGUUAUCCAGUUGAGAGGUGGGAAUAAAGACGGCGACACUGCGCAGGAAGCAGAGCAGCGCUGCUGAUUUUAUUUCUCCUCACCGCCUCUUUCGCCCAUCGCCAUGUCCCCGGGUGAUGCCUCGGAGCAGAGUCGGAGGUUUUGUGUGUUAUCCUGGGAGCAGGUGCAGCGUUUGGACUCUAUUCUUGGCGAGACGGUUCCCAUUCACGGACGAGGAAACUUCCCAACGCUUUCUGUGCAACCUCGACAAAUCGUGCAGGUUGUACGAGCACGGCUUGAGGAGCGAGGAGUUACUGUAAGAGACGUAAGGCUGAACGGCUCUGCUGCCAGUCAUGUUCUGCACCAGGACACAGGACUUGGCUACAAGGACUUGGACCUGAUCUUUGGAGUUUCGCUGUCUGAUGACCAGGCCUUUCAUUUGGUUAAGGACGUAGUUCUGGAUAGUCUUCUUGACUUCCUCCCUGAAGGGGUCAGUAAAGAACGAAUCACAGCACUUACUCUGAAAGAGGCUUACGUGCAGAAAUUGGUGAAGGUUUGCAAUGACACUGACCGCUGGAGCCUCAUCUCCCUCUCCAACAACACCGGCAAGAACGUGGAACUUAAGUUUGUGGACUCUCUGAGGCGGCAGUUUGAGUUCAGCGUGGACUCUUUUCAGAUAGGCUUGGACUCGCUGCUGCUCUUUGACCGCUGUUCAGAGACACCAAUGUCUGAGAGCUUCCACCCCACUGUUUUGGGGGAAAGUGUUUAUGGAGACUUUGAGGAGGCUCUCAGCCAUCUUUGUGAAAAAAUUAUCGCCACACGCAGCCCUGAGGAGAUCCGGGGAGGCGGCCUUUUAAAGUACUGUCACCUUCUGGUUCGAGGUUUCCAGCCCAGGUCAGAGACUGAGAUGAAAUCGCUCCAGCGCUACAUGUGCUCACGGUUUUUCAUUGACUUUUCUGACAUCAGUGAGCAGCAGAGGAAGCUGGAGGCCUACCUCCAGAACCACUUUGCAGGCAUGGAACACAAGCGCUAUGACUGUCUAGUAACACUGUACCAUGUGGUCAACGAGAGUACGGUGUGCCUGAUGGGACAUGAGAGGCGUCAGACGUUAAAUCUCAUUUCCAUGCUUGCGCUGCGGGUGCUGGCUGAGCAAAACGCCAUCCCCACUGUCACCAACGUCACAUGCUACUACCAGCCUGCCCCUUACGUCCGGGAUAUUAAUUUCAAUAACUACUACAUAGCACAUGUGCAGCCACUGAUCCAUACCUGCAGUAACUCCUACCAGACUUGGCUGCCCUGUAACUGACCCACAGACCUUGCAUCCAAAAGAGAGAACCUUUUGUGUCCAUCCCACCCACCUUCCUGAGAGGUGAUAUGCAGGCACAGUGAAAAGCCCAGUGGUUUCAGUCUCCACUAUGAAAAACAAAUUCAAUUAAAAACAGAAGGGAAAACAAGUGACUCUGAGGUGGACUAAUCAUUUACUGCUGUAUGAGCCAAUUCUAAUGCAUAUUCUAUUGCAGUCUCAGAUGUGUUUUGCUGUGGAUGUGGGUCUUCAAAUGUAGCAGUUAUUACGGCUUGGAUUUGCAGCAUUUUUUCUGUCCAUAUACCAUGUAUACAAUGCUUUAAACCUAAAAAGACUAUGGGACUUUUUUUUUUUAACAAAAAGGCUGCAUUUUUGAGGCAACAAGUUAUACAUUUCUUUUCCCUUUUGCCUGACUGUGGUUUCAAUCAGCCUCUGUUUUCCUCUUUCAGUUGUUUAAAGGACCAAAGACAUUUUAUUUUUGUGAAGAAGGGAAUGUUUAUUGUAAUUCCAAGUGCCUAAAACAAAACCGAUGCACAAAAAAGUGAGAACGUUGUGCUCUCAAGAUUUUCUGUCUCCUACAUCAAAAGUAAGUCUUUAUUUUUCAGGGAUGGAGGCAUGUAUUUUCACGUAAUAAAAAACAAACAAAACCUAAACUCA